UUGCCAAUCAGAUUUAGUUGUGUUCUGCUGUGUUGAAUAAGUGUGAUUAAAAAAGUAUUUUUUCUAAAUCCGUUAUAACAUGUAAAUCAAUGACUAUUGUACAUAUCGGAACUUAAGUUUGUGAAUGUGAUUUAAAUGGUGUAUUUGAGUUCGUAAUAAAAGAAGAAUUUGAUAUUUAUAGGAAAUUAUGAUAUUUUUGGUGCAAAAAUAGUGAACAUCGAUUAAUAAUUUUCUAAAUUGUUUUCUUAUCAGUAUUUGGAUUAGACAUCUUAAUAUAUAACAAUGGAUUAUGCGAGAACAUAGGUUCAAAAUUGUUUAUUAAGUAGCUAGUUAGCGGAGGAGUUAAUUUCUCAGGAUACUUAUUUAAAACAAUGUGAGCUAUGCUAGUGUAUGUGGAUAUUUAUUACUACAUACCAAUGGACGGACAACACGUCUUCCAAUUCAUUGGAUGUGCAAUUUCAUCAUGAUUUGCGGAUUCUGGACCUUUUUGUUUCUUGCUUGCGUUUUGGUAAAAGGGAUUGUUACAGUUGAUUCAACAGAUACUGGAAACUCGUUACUGGACAAAGCCUUAUCAAAUUAUAAUGAUAAGGAAAAACAAAAUAUCAUCCAGAAUUUUGAAUCAAAAUUGCUACAAAUCUUUGGACUAAAAAGCCGACCAAAGCCAAGUUCUGAUAUAAUAAUACCUCAGUAUAUGAUAGAAUUGUAUAACCAACAGAUCUCAGCGUCAAACAAUUUCCAGUUUGCAAACAGCAAAGCUGCCAGUGCUAAUACGAUCAGAAGCUUUGUUCACACAGAUAAACCUGAUUCAAGAUCAUGUAAUGAAGACAGCUGUGUCAGGAUGGAUUUUAAUAUCUCUAAUAUACCAGAAGAAGAAGUGUUAACUGCAGCAGAACUUAGAGUAUUUUUGGAUAAACACAUUAGUGCUAAUAAUAUUACAAGAAGAAAAAUACUUAGACACAAAAUAGAAGUGUAUGAAAUUAUGAGUCCAGGAAAUAAAAAUGUUGAUCCAGUUACGCGACUUGUAGAUGUCAAACACGUAAAAACUAAGAAUGCAACAUGGGUUUCCCUUGACAUUCACCCAGCAGUAUUAAAAUGGCGUAAAACACCAAAACAGAACCAUGGAAUAGAAGUGCGAAUAAGUUCCAGCAAACUGUCUCCGUCCUUUCAAAAUUUUAAACAUGUGCGUUUACGGAGAUCAACAUCAUUAUCAGAUUCAGAGUGGCAUUCACAAAGACCUAUUUUAGUGACCUAUACAAAUGAUCAAAUACAAAGCCGGACUAAACGUGCAUCAAAUAAAAAUAGAAAUAAAAAGAAAAAUAAAAAGAAACGAAAAAAUAGAAAAAAUAAAAAGAAGAAAUUUAAAAAUGGAUGUAGUAGAAAACCUUUAUAUGUAGAUUUUGAUAAAGUGGGUUGGAAUGACUGGAUAGUAGCACCGUCUGGAUAUAACGCUUUUUUCUGUGACGGCGAAUGUCAUUGGCCAUACGCCGAUCAUUUAAAUGCAACAAAUCAUGCAAUAGUGCAAGACUUAGUUCAUUCUAUAGAUCCACGGUCUGUUCCCAAACCGUGUUGUGUACCAACAGAACUAUCACCCAUUUCAUUGUUAUACAUUGAUGAACAUGACAAAGUAGUACUAAAAGCUUAUCAAGAUAUGGUCGUAGAAGGUUGUGGAUGUCGGUGACAAAAGGAGAACUUGGUUGUUAUUUAUUUGUUAAAUGUGAUAUUUAUUUAUUUGAAUGAAAUGUUAUUGCUGUGUGUGUAUCAGUGUACGAAAACAUGAAUGCGAUGGAUGCAAGAAAAAGAAUGAGAGAAUGGACUGUAUUUGUAGUCCUUAAAUAUUUCACGAAAAGCAAUGUCAUAGCGUUCAGCAAUUUAUUGUUAUUAUUUAUGGUGCUGAUUAAACUAAAACCUCCUGAUGCAUUUGAAAUCGCUGAAAUGUUACUUUUCAUACAUUUAUCAUUCUAUCAACUCUUUUUAUGUUCACGGUUUAAAAAAAAUCAUCUUCCUGUUGAGUUAACUCAUCAUAUUCUUAUUACUUUUUUUUUUAUUUCAAAGUGCGUUUAUUUUCACAUCUUCUCACAAAGCAUUUGAAUGAGUGUGAUUGUUGUACGUAUUUAAGCUGAGCGCUCCGAUAAAGUAUUUUAUGUUACAAUUGUAUAUACAGUGUUGUAUAAAUAAUGACGACUUAUUUUUAUUAUGGGUAAUAUAAAAAUUCAAAACUAA